AUGGCAGCAAAACUGACCGUCUACAUCACAUUGCUGUUUGUUCUAAGUUUUAUAUUUAACAGAGUGCUCGCUCAACAAUGCACUAAAGGUGGAUCCGAGUCAUCCAUCUUCGGCUGGAAACUGCAAGGACAUGUAUACACGACAACGAUGGCUAAUUUCGGGUUUGAAUGCGUACUAAUCUGUCGUCAAGACAAGAGAUGCCAAAGUUUCAAUUGGGUUAUCUCUACCAACAUGUGCGAAUUCAGUGAUAGAACCAAAGAAGCCAGACCGGAGGAUUUUGUUCCCGAUCCAGACAGAUUUUACUACAAACGAGGCAUGAAUCGAGGUAAACUGAACUCGCACGUUGGUGUAGGAAAACGAAGCCAUACAGUCAGAAAAAAAGUGCCAUGUCAUCAUACAAUUACCGUAUUUAUUUUUUGUAUACUAAUGUAGAAUACCCGCGCAAGUGAUCCACAAGCGAGUCUUCCUGGUACAUGCAUUAGAAGACAAUAACGUUUCAAAAACGGUCCCCUGAGAAUGGAGACUUUUGAAUACGCCGGCUUCUCGUUUACCUGCGGACGGGCAAAAAACGAAGAUUUUCGCAUACGAUGAUCAUAUUAUACCUCUAGCACUACGCAUUGUCUGAAAGGGAUGCUAUCGUAUUUCCAUCGUUUUAGCGUUUUCAUGUGGACGGGCGUGUGUGACAGGCGUUAAAAGGGGAAGGGGAAAUUUGGGCGCGCGAGGGCGCGUGGGGCGUGGCCCUCGCGUGUGGUCUCGCGCCCUAAUUCCCUUCCCUCUCCCUUUCGAACGCCUGCCACGCAGGCUACAUGUGGACGGAUGUGAAAAAUCUCAGGAUAUCUUAUCCGGAUUCGUUUGGGCAGGAUCUCUAAGCACUGCAUGUUGUGAGGAGCAGCCUUUUCUCGCAUUUCACAUCAGUGAUUACACGAAUUCAGAUCGUUGUAUUUUUUCAAUCCAGGCCUUAAGUUGGUGUGUUUCUUUACAGAAUUGUGGGAACCGUUUAUGAAAAUGACAAUCAUUGUUAUAUAGCGGGAAAUUCAUUUCCAAAAGCGCGCUCUCUCAUUAGUUACUUCAAGGUCACAUGACAUCUAACAAUGAAACUGUUUCCCGCCAAAAUCUCUGAGCGGCAACGUUGCAAAAUCUAUGACUUUAGAGGGUAAGAGUGCACUGUUACCCGCGAAUGCGGACCGUCGACGACUGCAGUUACAGCAAGGAUUAAUGAAUUUCCGUCUUCAAAAUUUCCAGCUAUAUAAAAAAUCAUCCCUUGGCCCCUUGGGAAACAGUUUAUUUUGUUUCCGUCGCUUCUCAAUGUUUCCCUCAGCGAACACUGAGAUUCUCGGGAAACAAAAUUACUGUAAAAAAAAAAAAUGCAUAAUAAAUUGACAUAAUAAAUAAAUUUAUUAUGUCACCUUUUCAUUGUAGCACCUCUCGGUUCUAUUUCUGAGCUGCCAGCGGAAACGUGUAAAGAAAUUAAAGCGAGUGAAGAACAAGCGGUGAGCAAAAAAUACUGGCUAAGCACCAUAAAGCCUGGUAUCCCUGUUCUGGCUUAUUGUGACAUGAACACUGAAGGCAAGUACAGUCGAAUCUUUCCUAAUCAGUACUUCCAUAACACGUAAACCUCUCUAUUGCGUCGUCUAAAACCCUGCCGAAACAGGAGCCGAUUUAUUGUCUCCUGGCCGAACAGAGUAUAAUUUACAUUCUAAUCGAGAACAAUUCAGCUUUGUAUUAUUCUAUGAAAAAUAUACAAAUAUCCUUUACAAGCGCAUUUUCUCAAUCUGGGUGAGCAGUUUGGGCGUAAGAAGCCUCUUUUCUCUCCUAACGAGUUCAUCGGCCAAACAGAAUGCUUUAUGCUUUUUUUUAUGCAUUUUUUUUAUUUUAUUUUAUUUCGGCUCCUGUUUAUUUUCAAUAUGAAAAGGAAUUAAUGCUAUUAUAAUAACUUUACAAAGCGUCCCCAGUAUUUAUUUCCAGUAAUUUUCAGCGCCAUUGUAAAAUACAAACCGGUAACUAUGACAAAUUGUAAAUAUUAUGCCUCAUUGGCCAAUCAGAAAGCGCUACAUAAAUGCUAUUGUUGUUUAUUCAGAUGUUGACGAGUGUACCGCUUCCCUGCCUGUCUGUGACGUCAAUGCCCAAUGUACUAAUACCAAUGGGUCCUAUGCCUGCAAGUGCAAGAAUGGAUUCUCUGGUGAUGGGAAAACGUGCCAAGGUUUGUGAGUUGUCGAAGCUUCUAUUUCUCAAAACAGAUUAAAGUAAUAAGCAAACGAUCUAGGAUAAUGCGGAACGUUCCUUCUAUGGUUUAUAGGUGUAACUUUGGCAGGAAAAAGUGAAUCUCGACUUGAUUUGGUACAGACGUUCGGGUUUUUAGAACGCCACUGUUUCACUCAAGUUAUUUCUUUAAAUCAGUAUAUACUGAUCUGAUGACAUGACUUGUCUCGUGACCAAACUUCACUUUCUUCACUGCAUAGCCUAGGAUGCUGUGGAUUAGUCUUCUUUCGAAAAAGACAUUUAAAUUGAUUUUGCCUCACGCAGGCCUUUGAAGCUUCAGUGUAUUUAAAACACGCGGGCACUUCGAAUACAAAUAUUACGAAAAGACAGGAAUCUCAUUUCUUGUGUCUUUCAUUUACAACAUGUGAUUCCCAUCUUCUAAAUUCGUAGUUGAUUUUACUUCUUAAAUGUUUCUUUUUUAUUUAUUUGUUUAUUAAGUUGAUUUGGAAAUAGGGAGUUUGAGAGUUUAAGCAACGACGUUUUUGAGCGACGCACGUCUAGCGGAAGAGGAAUUUUUGCACUCUUCGUCCUUGAUUUUGAACAAAUUCUUGGGCAAAUCGUCUCUAUAAGUGUAAAGACACUUAGCAAUAAAAUUUGGUAUUGUCAAGGCAUAUUAAAAGAGAAAAAAGCUUACUUCUGGUUGACGUGCUUCGCUCCAAAACGUCGCGGCUUUAACUCCCUAUCGACUAGUCUUGUUCUCCUUAAACAGACAUUGAUGAGUGCAGCGCCGUUCCCUUCAUUUGUGACCAAAACGCUACCUGUCAGAACAAUGAAGGCUCAUAUCUUUGUUUAUGCCAAGCUGGUUUUACUGGAGAUGGCAAAAAAUGCCGGGGUAAGAUAAGAAAACUGUGUUUAAUAACCAUGGUUUGUUUUGUCUUGUUUCCUUCUGGUUACCAGUCUUAGGCCUGGUGCUCUACCAGUUAGCUACAAGGGAUCUGCACUUGUGGAAGAAUGAUCUAGGUUCAUAUGACGCAAGGCUUGUACAAGUGCAGGUGCGGGGGAAGUUGAAAGUGUUAGGAACAGGGCCUGGGCUACAGUUACGGAAAGCUUAGUCUCAACUGCACACCGCCAUACUUGCCGAUAGACUGCUCCGGCUCACGUGUACAGAAUGUCGAUUGAGGGUGCAUCUAAGCCUGGGAAAUAUAUGAAAAAUACAUUUUUCCUCUUCAGUCAGGGACACAGGUGACUUGGAAAAAAAACGGAAUCCGACUUCUUUCAGCAGGAGUCGACAUAAUUUAAGUCGGAUUCCCCCCGCCCCUCCUUUAAACACACAAAAAUCAUUCUCAGAAGUUGGGCGUCAAUGCUUUGAAGGUCAUUCCCUAUUUCUGGCCGUUUGCGACCAAGGGACCACCUUACGAGUAAGAACCAUUGAGACAAGACAAGACACGAGUGGUAAAACAAGAAAUGCUCUGCAAGUCGUAACCCUCGUCAAUAGUGGGCCCCCAAAAAUUUGUCGUACCUACCUAGUAUCGCUCAAAAAGGUGCUUAAUAGAUUUAAUUUUUCUUCUCUCGGAGUUACCGCUGUAACCUUCAGGGGUCUUUCAGACAAUCGACCUGAAAAAGUAAAAUGAGAUUUGAACUCCCCCCCCUUUAAUUCCUUGUCGUUACUCUUCCAUUUUCAGUCCCAUUAGUUACAGCGUCAAGCUCCUGUGCCCGCCUGUUGGUUAGCGACACUUCUAAGUUGAGUGGAAUAAUUCAGUCAAGUUUGUCAUCGACGUACGGGAACAACAUUACCUGCCAAUGGAAUUUAUCAUCAAAUACAAUAUUGGAACUGGUCUUCUCCAUUUUCAAAACCAAAGCCUCUGAUUACCUUAGUGUGUACGAUGGCACGUCGGCCUCAUCGAAUCUGAUUGGCAGAUUCAGUGGAGAAAUUUUGCCUGGACCUUAUGCGCUCAGUACUACGAAUAAUCUUUACUUGACGUUUUCAUCGAGUAGCGCGGGACCAACGGAUUUUGGAUUCAGAGCUCGAUACCGAGGUGACUUACCAUAAAGUAGGAGACCUUAAGAUUAAGGUUUGGUCAUUUUGCUGCAAAUUAUACGUCGACAAACUGCGGUUUGCGGUUAACGGUUUCACGUUACCCGUCUACCCAUAUUUGGGACUUACUCCUAUUUUAGCUGAGAAAUUGUCUACAACAUUAGUACUUACGUUUUUUUGAAAUAGAAUUCGACAAUCAAUACGUAAAAGAGUUCCAAAAAGUUGUUAUUUCUUCUCAAACGUGGAAUUGUGAUGUUUUAGGGUGCAAAAGAUCUCGGCUUGCGGUAAAUCACUUACCUCUUGGGCGGUCUAGCCGUACAAACGUGGACCUCAAACCGCAGACCUGACGGUAACGCCCUGAUCACGUGACUCCUUGACGGCGCGCUUCGCUGGAAAUACCGAAAAACCUCAUUCUUAAUCUGUGUAAUACUUUACAACCGGAGCACCAUGAUUUUAAUCACUACUGAAAGUUCAAAUGAAGAUCAGUUUGUAUAAAUGCUAAUGGUUUAGGGGCACAAUAGUAGGCUUAGCCAGAAGUUGCUCGGCAACGUUUCGGCAAUUUUGAGAUUUUGGGCAACUUUUGCGAUUUUCGGCAACUUUUAAAAUUCUCGGCAACUUUCGAUUUUUUUUUAGCAUUUUUAAAAUUAUUUUUUACUUUUUUCGCGACAUUUAUUAGCUUUCGAAAGAAAAGUCAGCUAAAUUCAACUGGUUUAUACUCAGUGUGAGUGUGUGGAAUCCAGGACUGGCUUAAUUACCAAUGCCAGCUUGGUGUUGCACGCCUGUCCAUGAUGUCAGUGGUGUCACAUGACACGUUUUUCAAGAUGGCGGACAACACUGUGAGUGAUUCAGAUUCCAGCUGGGAAGAACGUGCAGAUGAAGUCCCGAUUAAUUCAACUGUUGAAUUUGCGUUCUAUUAAUUAAUAACGUUUUGUUUAAAAUUAUGCGAAUAAAACUUACUUAUACUGUGCACGAUCUAAACCGCAACAAGACCAACUUCAAGUGCAAACAAGUAACGAAAAAUAGCAUCUUUUCGGCAACUUUUUGGCAAUUCAGCAACUUUAAAAAUAAAACAGCAACUUUUAGACAGUUUUAUCGGCAACUUUUUGGGACUUUAUUGGCAACUUGUGGCUAAGCCUACCCAAUGAUGUUUCCUCCAAAAUACAUCUUCCGUUGAUAAAUCGUUAUUCCCUUGAAACCUCUUUAAUUUUAGCUGAGUCGCUUGCUAAGCUUCCAUUGAGAUAUCGUGGCUACAUGUAAAAGAAAUUUUGGGCAGUUGUAUUUUCCAUAAAAACAACUUCCUGCAAGUUUGUUUCUUGCCUGCGAACAAGCUCUAUAUUUAGAGAAGUCGCGCGUGAGCAGUACGCGAAAGGAGACUUGAGAGCUAGGAAAGCUUCUCACGCGUUCUCGCACUACUGCCUCGCUCACUUGUCGAAACGGAGCGCUAACUCACAGGCCACCCAGUUUCCUGUUAGUACCCCACGAAGAUCAAAUUAAUGCAUCAGAGCUAACCGACCUCAAUGGAUCGAAGUAUGCAGGUCGACGGUGAAUGCCGAUUCUGAACCAUUCUGACGUCUCAGAGUUGCGAUCCCGGCUUUUGGUUAGUGCCAGGGCCGAGAAUCGACCAAAAAGAUUGCAUGUCUUAGAAAGAAUGAUUCUUCAGAAUCUGAAAGCUGUCCACUGACUUUGUCCUGGAUGGCGUAUAUAAAGUGUUUUUACAGAACGUCACUGCGGCCAUAUUGGUGUUCCAAAACAAUGAAAUGGCGGCCACUCGAGGCCACGCUGGUGUUCCAAAGUAGUCCUCUGCGAGCGGUGAUGCGAGUUGACUUCCUUUCUUAUGCAAACGCUUUGUUUUGUUCCAGUAAAUUUGCAUAGAUGCCGGCCACGUGAGUGGAAACGCUCUAGAACUCUAUAACAGAACGAUUGCAUCGCAAUAUCAUUUUCUCAUUUCAGCAUUGUCGCUUCUAUUGGGGAGACCUUAGAUAAUAAUGACCUCAAUCAGGCUGUGGCGUCCAGCGGUUUUACUAAAAACAAGUUUUUGGUGAAAGAAUGAAACAAAGGUUUGGGUUGGGUGCUCAGUCUCGUGGGCUCAUAAUACCUAGUCUCGGUCAUUCUUAUUUAAGGAUUUUUCUUGUAUUUUCUGGGUAACUGUGACUUUUCACAUUGGCUUAUAUGACCCGAUCAGCGGCCGGCCAUGCAGUCACGUGAUAAAUUCAAACCGAUAAGUAUAGGUAAUCAGAUUUUUAUCAUCAACAGGGCUCUGCACGGACAACGCUCCGCUUUGAUUUUUUUUUUAUUAUUAUUUUUUUAUUUUUACUCUCUAUAUGUUUCUCUAUUUUUAAUUUUUGUUUAAAAUCAUUUUAUCUCCUGUGCCGGAAAAAUAAGCUAUCACUACUGGUUCCCUUCGUAUAAACAGCAGCACGCUAUCAACCGGCAGAGUAGAAGUCUUCUAUAACAACGAGUGGGGCACUAUUUGCGAUGAUCUUUGGGAUCUGAAUGACGCUAACGUGGCUUGCAGGCAGCUUGGUUUCCCAAAAGCGUCUCAAUUCUUUCAAGGGGCCGUGCAUGGGCAGGGUUCUGGACCGAUUUGGAUGGAUAAUUUGGCGUGCUCAGGAAAAGAAACGCUUAUCUAUCAUUGCAGCCAUAAUGGAUGGGGUAAUGAGAAUUGUGGUCAUUCUGAAGACGCCAGUGUAGAGUGUUUCCCGAUCCGUCUUGCUGGGGGAGGACAAAAUUAUGGUCGCGUUGAGGUUUUUUAUAAAGGGAUCUGGGGCACAGUUUGUGAUGAUCACUGGGAUCUCAAUGAUGCUCAAGUGGUUUGUCGCCAACUUGGUUUUCGCAACGCCUCCUCUGCGCCACACGGUGCAAAAUACGGUCAGGGAUCUGAUCCUAUCUGGUUGGAUGAUGUCAGCUGCAAGGGAGAAGAGGCUUCGCUGUUUAACUGCCCACAUGCAGGAUGGGGUAUUGAGAACUGUAGUCAUGGCGAGGAUGCCAGUGUAGUUUGCACGAACUAA